UGCGCUCCCCAGGGCACACUGCACCAUUCCUGAGCCCUGAUCACUGCCCCAAAGCCCAUCCUGCAAACGCGCCAACGCCAUGGCGAGUCUGCAGGACCUGCAGGGCUUUGUACGCACGGAUAGCUUCUUCACACAAUGCCCCGCCCACGCCACCAGCGCUGCAAGGGAGGCGCAGCUCAACUUUUACGAUUGCUCAAAAAACCAGCCCUGCUGCGCCCUGUGUGUGGCCUCCCAGCCGCUGGCGCCCGUCUUACAGGUCCGCCGCUCCAGCUACCAUGAUGUGGUGAAGAUGGCAGACAUCUCCCGCUACGCAGACAUCGGGGGCAUCCAGGGCUACACCAUCAACAGCUCCAAGGUCAUCUUCCUGCGCCGCCGCCCGCAGCCACGGCCGCCCAAGGGCGCCGUGGGCGCCAGCCUCUGCACCGUGUGCAGCCGCCACCUGCAGGACGUCAGCCACUACUGCUCGCUGCAGUGCAAGCUGGACCAUCUGGAGGGCGUGAAGCACGUGUCGCUGCGCAAGCUGGCGCCCGCCGCCGCCGACGACGCCAGCCACAGCAGCGGCAGCAGCGCGCGCAGCAGCGGCGGCGCCCCCGAGACGCCCUCCCACCUCGACUCCCUGCGCAUGCUGGACGCCGCCGCCGCCUCCAGCGACAGCGACUGCACGGGAGCCGACUUCCACGGACACCCCGCCAAGCGGCGCAAGGGCUGCCCGCUGCGUGCCCCCUCCACUUAGCGCACUAGUGUUCCGCCUUCCGGCGCACCCCAAUAUACUAGUAGCGCCCCUCUCUCCGG